AUGUCUCCUUCUCCUGUAUACGUCGAUGAUAUAGUUAUCACAGGUUCUAAUUCUCACCUGAUUGAGCGACUACAGCAGCAUCUCAAAACUACCUUUCAUAUGAAAGACCUUGGCCCACUUCAGUAUUUUCUUGGUCUCGAGCUUUGUCGGGAUGAGGGUGACAUAUUAUCUGAUCCUUCUCUGUAUCGGCAAUUAGUAGGGAGUUUAAAUUACUUGACUAUUACCCGACCUGAUAUUUCCUUUGCUGUCCAGCAAGUUUGUCAGUUUAUGCAGGCUCCUCGUCAAUCUCAUCUUACAGCAGUACGACGGAUCAUUCGUUAUCUCAAAGGUACAUUUGGUAGAGGUUUAUCCUUUCCUACUAAGAAUUCCUUACAAUUAACGGGUUACAGUGAUGCUGAUUGGGCUGCUUGUGUGGAUACUCGUCAUUCCAUUACUGGUUGGUGUAUGUUUCUUGGUAAUGCUCUCAUUUCUUGGAAAAGUAAGAAGCAGGAUCGUGUAUCCAAAUCUUCUACUGAAUUUGAGUAUCGUGCUAUGUCAUCAGCAUGUUCUGAGAUUGUGUGGCUUCGGGGUUUACUGAGUGAACUUGGUGUUCCACAACUUACUCCUACCCCUCUUCAUGCGGAUAACACCAAUGCUAUUCAGAUUGCGGCCAAUCCUGUGUUCCAUGAGCGCACCAAACACAUUGAAGUAGAUUGCCAUUCCAUUCAUGAGGCAUUUGAUCAUCAUGUAAUUAAAUUUCCUCACAUUUCUACCGAACACCAAACUGCCGACGUCUUUACCAAGGCUAUGUCUCGCCACCGUCAUCAAUUCAUGAUUGACAAAUUGAUGCUUCUUGAUCGACCAGCAUCAAUUUGA